AUGCCAGCCCCUCUGGAGACCUGCCUCUCAGACCUCGACUGCGCCAGCAGCAGCAGCAGCAGCAGCAACAGCAGCAGCAGCAGCAGCAGCAGCAGCAGCGACCUGUCCGGUUUCCUCACGGAUGAAGAGGACUGUGCCAAGCUCCAACAGUCAGCUUCCGCCUCGGGGCCGCCUGUGCCGGCCCACAGGGGCGCACCCGGGAUUCCCGGGGUGUCCGAUACUCCCCGGGCACACGACGACGAGCAGGAGCGGCGGCGGCGCAGGGGCCGUGCAAGGGUCCGCUCCGAGGCACUGCUGCACUCGCUUCGUAGGAGCCGGCGCGUCAAGGCCAACGACCGUGAGCGCAACCGCAUGCACAACUUGAACGCAGCGCUUGACGCGCUGCGCAGUGUGCUGCCCUCCUUCCCCGACGACACCAAGCUCACCAAGAUCGAGACGCUGCGCUUCGCCUACAACUACAUCUGGGCUCUGGCCGAGACUCUGCGCCUGGCAGACCAGGGUCUGCCCGGAGGCGGUGCCCGAGAGCGCCUCCUGCCGCCACAGUGCGCCCCCUGCCUGCCAGGGCCCCCGAGCCCCACCAGCGACGCCGAGUCCUGGGGCUCCGGUGCUGCCGCCUCCCCAUGCGCUGCCGCCUCCUCACCACUCUCUGACCCCAGUAGCCCUGCCACCUCCGAAGACUUCUCCUACAGUCUUGGCGACCCCCUUUUCUCCUUCCCCAGCCUGCCCAAAGACUUGCUCCGUACAACGCCCUGUUUCAUCCCUUACCACUAG